AACCAUUGCUUUUAUCCUUUCGCUAUUACGUCUCAAGUUCCUACCGCCAAAAACAAAACACAAUAUGAAGACCUCGACACUCACGUUCGUCGCCCUCGCUACAUUUGGCACUGGGCUGGCCGCGCCCUCCUCAUCAUCAUCGCCUCACGAGCUGGACGUGCGGGGACCCAGCGGAAUCAACAACCGAGGCAGUGCCCUCUGCAAGAAAGGGGCGAUGGCAGAUAUCCUAAAUUACGCUUCCAAGCUGCCGGACUUCCAACUUUACAAGGACGGCGAGCACAUCAUCUGCUCGGGCAUCAGCAGCGGUUCGGGUGGCACCUGCGCGUUCUUCCAGGGCACCGGCCAGAACCACUUCGGGGCCGAGGUCAAGGAGCUGCUGAACUACCUUUCCCAGCACCCGAACACGCAGGGCUGCGGCAGCAUCCCCGUCUCUUUCCCGCCCGAGGCCGGCGGCGUCAACGACCUGAGCUACGCCGGCCAACUCACCGUCAACUACGUUGCCGAUACGGAUAACCCCUGUGAUCCAGGCGUUUGCGGUGCGACGGAUUGCUAGAGACGGUGAUCCCCCUGAUAGUAGGAGAGGGCGACGAUGAGUCGAUGUAUGAUAUUACGAAAGUAGGAAGGCUGUUCACUUUGGUCAAUAUCAGUUGGGUUUACGGUAG